CGCCAUCUUCAUCCACCCAGUGCCGCCGCAACCCACCGAGCCCCACCCAGUUCUUCUUCUUCCCCUCGAGCCCCACACACACCCACCGAAGCCAGCCUCUCCUCCCUUCUUUUUCUUCCUUUUCUUCCCCUUUCCCCUUCGGCUUCACCAUCACAUCGCAGUCCUCAGAGCCGCCGAACCGCCAUCUUCUUCGUGCUCCACCAUCACCGUCGGCCUCUCCUCCACCCACCAUCAUAAACCCACCGAAGCCUUUCCCCUGUUUCUCGCCUCGAAUCAGAACCCACCGGCGUCAGCCCCUUACUCCUACCCUUCUUCUCCCUCGACUGAGCCACCACUGCCGUCGAGCCCUUCCCCUCUGUGACCCAGCAUCGCGGCGACUCUCUCUCACAGACCUCCUUCUCUGUCUCUCUCCAUCUCCCUGUUUCGCGAACUAGAGUCACCACAAGCGCUGCCUCUCCCUCUAACCCAGCAUCGAGGAGCUCACCUCUGUUUCUCCACCGCAUUGCCCUCCGAGACGCACUCCAUCCCUGUUCUCCAGUUUCCGGCCAGCAAUUCACCAACGCCGGCACCACCCUGAAGCUGCAACACCACCCGGUGACGCCGCUGGUCACUGCCACUACAAUUGCAUCUUCCCUCCCUGAUCAUUUCUUACUCUGUUCUUCAUUACAGUUCUUCUGGCCUCGUCACCUCCGUCAUAGCAUCUCCCUCGUCCUUUCCAAUGGAGCCUCGGCCUCAGGAAAGAGAAGGUGAAUGAGAGAGAAUUUGUGAAAUCGUUGCAGCCUUGCAGGACAUGGAACUUUUUUUGAAUAAGCGACAUAAAAACCAAAAACCGAAUCUAACCAAUUAAAGGUUUGGUUGGUCUCCCAAAAAAAGUCGAACCAAACCAAACCGAAUAUUUUAUGUGUAAUUAGUUCGGAUGACUUUUCUUCUAAAAACCGAACCAAACCGCAAACCGAACACUCCUACUCGCACCCACAAACCCACUCAAAUAUCUUUCCCUCGCUUAUCCUCACAUACACAACCUCUGCAAUUUACACAACUCAUUACGACUUUGCUUAAUUAUCAAAUGAGAAGCAAACCAUGAACGGAAUACUACAACCUCUUCCUUCAUCAUCACAAACAACCUCACCUCCUCCUCUUGCUUCUUAUUCCUCUAAACCAUACCCAUUCCCUUACACUUUCCCUUCUCCAUUCAAAUUCCCCACCACGUGCUCCUCCCUCGCGUGCACCCCCUCCCCCACCACCAUCACCACCAAGCUCACACACCUCACAACCACAGCCGAAAGCCAAGACCAGAACCUUCUCUAUCUCUUACGUCAGCGAAAAACAGAAGAAGCAUGGGAACUGUAUUCUAAUCUCCAACACCUUCCAAAUUCAACAUGUUUGAGUCGCUUAGUUUCUCAGCUUUCUUUUCAGAAAACCAUUUCGGGGCUCAAGCGUGCCCAGUCUAUUGUCACGCGCCUCCGACAUGAACGCCAGCUCCACCGCCUCGAUGCCAACUGCCUCGGACUCCUUGCUGUUGCCGCCUCCAACGCCGGUCACACGCUCUACGCCGCCUCCGUUCUCAAGUCCAUGCUCCGUUCCGGCUACCUCCCUAACGUCAAGGCCUGGUCAGCCGUCGUCAGCCGCCUCGCCGCUUCCGAUGACAAUGGCCCCGCCGAGGCUCUCCGUCUUUUCAAGGGCGUCACCCGCCGCCUUCGAAAACUAUCCAGUGGCGGUGUAGUCGCCGCAGCAUCAAUGCCUGACACCGCCGCAUUCAAUGCGGUGCUUAAUGCCUGUGCCAAUUUGGGUGACUCUAACAUGUUCUUGCAGGUGUUCAAUGAAAUGCCUCAAUACGACGUCGUUCCUGAUGCGUUCAGUUACAACAUUUUGAUGAAGCUGUGUUGUAGAACUGGUAGGAAGCACUUGCUUGUUUAUGUUUUGGAGAGGAUUCUUCAAUUAGGGAUUCCAUUUUGUGUCACAACUUUGCAUUGCAUUGUUGCCUCUUAUGUUGAUCUUGGCGAUUUAGAAACUGCUGAGAGAUUGGUUCAAGCAAUGAGGGAAGGAAGAAGGGAUCUUUCUAGGAUAAUAAGGGAAAGAGAAAGAGAAAUUGAGUUGAAUUUAGAAGAAUUAAGUGAGAGUGAUGAUAACGAUGCUGAUGUUGACGUUGAGAAUGCUUUUGCGGAAUUGCUUCCGAAUUUCAUGGAAUCUAACAGUUGCAAUGAUUUGCCGGUUUUGCCAAAAGCUUAUGCUCCAAAUACUAGAAUGUACACCACCCUGAUGAAGGGUUAUAUGAAGGCUGGGAGGGUUACUGAUACUGUGAGGAUGCUAGAGGCAAUGCGCCGGCAGGACGAUGCUGGUAGCCAUCCUGAUCAUGUUUCUUAUACCACCGUGGUUUCGGCACUUGUGAAGGCUGGUUACAUGGACAGGGCACGGCAAGUUCUUGCUGAAAUGAUGAGGAUUGGCGUGGCAGCGAAUCGGAUAACAUAUAAUGUUCUUCUUAAGGGUUAUUGCAAUCAAUUUCAGAUAGAUAAAGCAAGAGAGUUGAUUAAGGAGAUGGUUGAUGAUAGAGGUAUUCAGCCUGAUGUUGUGUCCUAUAAUAUACUCAUUGAUGGGUGCAUAUUGGUUGAUGACAGUGCUGGGGCUCUCGGCUUCUUCAAUGAAAUGAGAACAAGAGGGAUAGCUCCCACCAAGAUUAGUUACACGACUUUGAUGAAAGCUUUCGCAUUCUCUGGUCAGCCGAAGCUGGCUCACAAGGUCUUCGAUGAAAUGUUGAAUGAUCCUCGAGUGAAGGUGGAUGUGAUUGCAUGGAACAUGUUGGUCGAAGGAUAUUGUAGGUUGGGUUUGGUUGAAGAAGCAAAGAAAGUGAUUCAAAAGAUGAAGGACGAGGGGUUCCACCCUGAUGUGGGAACUUACGGAAGCUUUGCAAAUGGAAUCGCAUUGGCAAGAAGGCCAGGAGAGGCACUUUUGCUUUGGAAUGAAGUGAAGGAAAGGUGGGAGAUGGUAAAAAAAGGUUCGAAACAUAAUUCUUGUGUUCCUCCAUUGAAGCCAGAUGAAGGGCUUUUGGAUACCUUGGCUGAUAUAUGUGUGAGGGCUGCAUUCUUUAGAAAGGCUUUGGAGAUUGUGGCUUGCAUGGAAGAAAAUGGUAUAUCUCCAAACAAGACCAAGUUUACUAGAAUCUAUGUGGAGAUGCAUUCAAGAAUGUUCACGAGCAAGCAUGCUUCAAGGGCAAGGCAAGACAGGAGAAUAGAGAGGAAAAGGGCAGCUGAGGCUUUUAAGUUUUGGCUUGGGUUGCCAAAUUCUUAUUAUGGAAGUGAGUGGAGGUUAGAACCUAUUGAGGGCUAUGAUGAUACCACCUCCUCAUAGUUUUGUUUAUGCAUCUCCACCAUCCAACCAACUGACCAAGGCCAUACUGGAGGCUAUGGCUCAGUUUAUGGUGCGAACUAUGGCUACUGAACUGGGCAGUUCUACAAAAUCUGCUCAUUGUUAAUAGUGUAGAAUGCUAGGAACAGAUUGAUGUAAUAAUUUGACAAACAUUAGGACACACUGCUACUUCUUUUUCUUAUUCUUUUGAUUUUCCUGAAUUUGUAAUUAACUAACUGAUUUUUGUAUACUUUCUGUUUGUAUUGGUAGUCAUUUGGAAAGGCUAGACAGACUCUCCAUGGCCGGAUGUAUUAUUUACUUGUCUUGGAAAGUUGGUGCACCUAUGACCAUAUGAUGUUACUUGCUUUGCGUCAAUUAAGUGUAAUUUCUUCCAAGGGGUCCAUAA